AUUUUUUUUCACUUCCAAUGGUCACUUACAACUUAUUUUACAAAACCAUAACAAUCAAGAAACAAUGAUUGUAGCAAUUAACGUUAAUCUCAAGAGUGAAAGUUUAUCUUGAUAUUAAUCAUUGAUAAUUGAUAUGUUAAUUGGUUGAAAAUGAAGUUAAUUGUGUUUACUUUAUAUGUGAUCAGUUUAAUCUGGAUCUUUAUUAGUACAGUUAAUUGUUACUCAAGUGAAUUAGCUGCAGCCAUUUCAAAUACAACUAAUGGUCGAGCUGAUUUUGAUUUAGUUAUCUCAGCUUGGAAUGCUUAUCGAGAUGAGAUUAAGGUUGAUCUUAAUCUGUAUACCUCAGGAUUAGCAAAUAAUUACAAUGAGAUUAUAAGUAAAUCAGUUUUAUCAACUAAAUGUGCUAAUGGAUUAAAGUUUCUACUCGAUUCUGGUGAAGCUAAAAAAACUUGGGCUAUUCAAACUCUCGAUUCAUGGGGACGAUUCCCACCCCCUGGAUUAUUCAGUGGAACCACAACUUCAUUUGGUUCAUACGAUCAGUGUUUAAAUGUGAUUCCAAUCAAUUCAACGUUCGCAACUCAAUAUUGUUCAGUUUCGUUUCGUCCAAUGUUACCUCAUCGUCCUCGAUUCCAUAAUAUCCUUGAUAGACCAAGUAUCUUUCAAACGAUUCCUCGAUCAUCAAUUAAUAAUAAUGCAGUUGAUUACCUUAAAUCAAAGUCACAAUUUUUUUAUUAUACACAAUUAAGGGUUGGUAUUUGUUUGACAACUCAUUGUAAUCAAGAUGAAAUCAAAUCAAUGGUACAAACUAUUGCCCAAGGGAUGUACUUGAAAGGUGAUUUAAUUAAUUGUGAAAGUAAAUCAACAACAACGAUUGGACUUAAUUACCACCAAACAAUUGCUCUAUCCAUUAUAUUAAUCAUACUUACGAUUACACUGAUUGGUACACUGGCCGAGCUAUUAAUCAAAUCAGAAUCACGAUUAACUUUUUUCAAGUCGAUUCUAUUUGCUUUUUCUUUACGGCGAAACUUUGAUUCGCUGUUUAAAAUGGAAACCACAAAUUCUGAGCUCAAAUGUUUGAACGGAAUCAGAUCCAUCACAAUGGCCUGGAUUAUAUUUGGACAUACAUCAGUUUGGAUUCACUAUCAAGCAUUUAGUCACUCAUUUAAUAUCAUUGAUGUAAUUAAACCUUUCGGAGCUCAAGCCUUGCUCAAUGUAACUUUCUCAGUUGAUACGUUUUUCCUAAUCAGUGGUUUAUUGACUUCUUAUAUCACCUGGAAAACAACUGAUGGUGUUUACGAUAAGUUCAAUUCAUUCUGGUUCAUUGUUUCCCGUUAUACUCGAUUGACCCCUAGCCUGGUGACCGCUAUGUGUUUGACCUUAUUUUUACCGCUAAUGGGCUCGGGCCCAUUGUGGAAUGAGUUUGUUGCACCGGUGGGAAAAAAUUGCGAAAAAAAUUGGUGGGUUAAUUUACUUUAUAUUCAAGCAUUUUACAAACCCGAUGAAAUGUGUUUACCAAUAACUUGGUGGUUAUCUAAUGAUAUGAUUUUCCAUAUAAUAUCUUUGGUAAUUCUGGUUCCCCUGAUGAGGAGUAAAAAACUUGGGAUCACAAUCAACAUUUUACUCAUAACGAUUUUCACAAUAAUAUCGGGAAUCAUUAGUUACGUUAAUGAUUAUCCACCGGCUAUUUUACCGACGUUUCCUCAGGUUGAGGAGUACUGGUAUGAUUUAGUGGUUAGACAUUUUUGGAAACCUCAUCUACAUGGUCCACCUUUUUUCAUUGGUCUGCAUCUUGGAUAUUUGCUGGCAAGAAAACGAUUCCCAAAAAUGACCAAAACAAUGUCCAUUUUGGGAUGGAUCUUGACACUGGUCAUCAUUUUCGGAGUACUUCAUGUACCCUAUCCACUAACAUUGGGUAAAACUUGGCCACGAGAGUUGAAUACCCUCUUCGACUGUACCAAUCGUAUAUUAUGGUCACUUUCAUUAUCAUGGAUAAUUUAUUCAUCGGCUUCUGGUCAUGGUGGUCCAAUCGGCCGUUUCCUAAGUUUACCCAUUUUCGGACCAUUGGCUAAGAUUUCGUACACAGUUUACUUGACCCAUAUGCUUCUUAUUUGGACAUACAUGGGGUCGAGACGGGAAUUGUCUUAUACAAGCACUUAUACUGGAAUUAACAUGUUCAUCUCCCAUUGGUUUUUGGCUCAAAUACUUGGUGUCCUUUCAGCUCUACUAUUUGAAUCGCCUUUUCUCAAUAUCCAGAAACUUAUGGCUAAACAAUAUCAGAAAAAUGAAGAUACAGUUAAAUUGAGAGAUUGGGAUAAAGAGAAAGAUAAACAACAAGUAACUGAUAAUCAACGAUUAACACCAUUCUAAUUAAAUUAUCUUACAUUAAAAUAAGCAUCAUUAUCUUGAUUCACUACAGAUUAUUAAUAUGAAUGUUCACAAUGUUUUUUAGUUUAAAAAUACAAAAUUCAAAUAAUUAUCCCGAUUGAGUUCAUGUCAACAUUGAUUUCAAUUCAGUAACUUGUAUGAAUA